AUGAAGGCUGCGAUGACUUUGAGCCUGGUGUGCGCUGUUGUUCUGCUGGUGGCUCCAAUCACCACUGUCGCAGCGGCUGGUGGUACGGACACCACUUGCACUCAGGGCUGCACGUUCGACCUGCGGCCGGUGUGCGGCGCCGACGGUGAAUGGUACCAGAACGAGUGCCUGGCUCGCUGCAGCGGGCGUGUGACCGUUGCUACUGAUGCCGCUCUUUGCGGAGGCAAGACGCCCCCGUUCAUGAGCGCCCACCCCGGCCCCGCCGGCGCGGAGUCCGCCGGCGGCAACAGCACUGUGCCGGCGUCCGUCCUCACCGCGUUUGUUGAGGAGGGGUUCCGCUACCUCGGCCGCACCCGCCUGGCCCACGAGAUGGGGCCGCACCCGGAGCCAGCCGACGAGCAGCCAUUGCCCGAGCGUGACGACAAGGGGAACUGGAGGGUCAAGGCCGUGAGGUGCACCGCGGAGGGUGACAUGUACACUGCAAGCCUGCACGUCCCAAGCAAGCCGUUCAAGAUCGAAGGCUACAUGCCGCCAUGGAUGAACCACGCGCGCCCGCUCGCCCCUAUCGAGGGCAACGCGACGCUCCUGCAGUUCGCGGCGUCGCUCGGCCUUGGCACAGUGCGCAACACCACGGCCCACGGGAACGGCGCGGCCAAGACGAUGCUGCUGCUGCCCAAGCUCAAGGGGAAGCGGGACAGGCGCCGCUUUGAGACCCUUCUGGCGGACUUCCUGGCGUUUUUCACAGGGCCUGCGCAGCCGCAGCCGCAUCAGCAGGACCAGCAGCAGCAGCAGCCUGAGCAGCCCGAGCAGCAGCAACAGCAGCAGCAGCAGCAGCCGGCGGAUGCCGCCGCAUCACUUUCCGCGCCCGCCGCCACCGGCGCGUCGCGCCGCCUGCAGGCUGCGGGGCGCGCGCUGCAUGAGCUUGUCGGCGGCGACGACCGCACCGAGUGCCAGCGGGGCUUCCCUUACACCGCCAUCGGCCAGAUCCAGGUGGUGGACAGCACGGGGCUCUAUGUGUGCACCGGCACCCUCAUCGCGCCCGACAAGGUGCUCACCGCCGGGCACUGCGUCUGGAACAUCAAGCGGGGCGCCUUCUACUUCAACCUCAACUACGCGCCCGGCCGCUACCGCGAGGGCGGGCGCAUCGUCAACCCCUGGGGCGUCGUGCCUUGGAAGAGCGUGACCGUGUUUGACUCAUUCAAAAGGGACCCCUCCACCUGGGACGUGGCGGUCGUCACCCUGGCAAAGCCGCUGGGGUCGUUGACCGGCUACAUGGGCGUCGCGUCGGGCUGCGGCCGCCACCUGCACCUGACGACGGCGGGCUACCCCCAGGACAAGGCGUCGGGCACCUGCAUGGCAGCCACCUGCCAGCAGCGCGCCCUGGACUGCGACAAGCCCACGAACCCCCACCUGUGCGACACGUACUCGGGCAUGAGCGGGUCGCCGCUGUGGGACGGCAAGAACCGGGUGCGGCUGAUCCACGUCGCCGGCGUGGAGGGCAAGGCGCGCAACCGUGCGACGACGCUGACUCACUUCCUGGUCAACGCGAUUGCGAGGUGGUGA